ACUAUAGUUUUCUAUUUAGGUAGAUAAUGACAUGCUUCAACUAGGUAAACACAACAGAAGCUAGACUAAUAUAAUUGUCCUAUCUAUAUGCAGAGCAUUCAGGAAAAAAAGAAAUACAAAUAGAAAACUGAAUUUGAAAACAUUCUACCUUCUUCAUUUCUUCUUCUACUCUUCAAUCCCUUUGAACCCUUCGUAGUUACUUUCAUUGAGAAUUUGAUAGCCUCAAAAAAUGGUGGCCACAAGCACAGAUGAGUUGGAGGCAGCAACAGUAGUUUCUGGUUAUGACAGAAAAAGUGAAGUCAAGGCAUUUGAUGAAUCAAAGGUUGGUGUCCAAGGACUAGUAGAAAACGGUGUGAAAAAGGUUCCACGCAUGUUCUAUAGUCGAAGCACUCAUCUCAGUGAUGGUUUAACCUCAGAAUCAAAUUCAAAGUUCAGCAUCCCCACCAUUGACCUCACAGGCAUUCAUGGUGAUCCUAUUAUGAGAGAUGAUGUUGUGGGAAAACUUAGAUAUGCAUGUGAGAAGUGGGGUUUCUUUCAAGUAAUAAAUCAUGGAAUUCCAACUCAUGUUUUGGAUGAGAUGAUCAAAGGGACUGUCAUGUUUCAUGAACAAGAUGCCAAGGUGAGGAAAGAGUACUACACACGUGAUAUGAGCAGGAAAGUUGUUUAUCUUUCCAACUUUAGUCUUUUCCAAGAUCCAUCUGCUGAUUGGAGGGAUUCACUUGGAUUUUUCUGGGCGCCUGGUCCACCCAAAGAUGAAGAUUUGCCUCAAGUUUGUAGAGAUAUUGUGAAAGAGUACUCAACAAAAGUAAUGUCACUUGCUUCUACUUUGUUUGAGUUAGUGUCAGAGGCUCUUGGCCUUGAUCGCUUUCAUUUUAAAGAAAUGGGUUGUGAUGAAGGGCUUCUUCAACUGUGUCACUAUUACCCACCAUGCCCUGAGCCAGAAUUAACUAUGGGCACUAGCCCGCACACAGAUAGUAGCUUCAUGACAAUUCUUUUGCAAGACCAAAAAGGGGGUCUUCAAAUUCUUCAUGAAAAUCAAUGGAUUGAUGUACCUCCAAUACAUGGAGCCCUUGUAGUUAACAUUGGUGAUCUUCUUCAGCUAGUGACUAAUGACAAAUUCAUUAGUGUUCAACACAGAGUUUUAGCAAACCAUGCAGGCCCAAGAACAUCAAUUGCAUCCUUUUUCAGAUAUGGUGAUCAGUCACCAGAGGCUCUCUCAAAAGUAUUUGGACCAAUCAAGGAACUGUUAUCUGAAGAAAACCCACCAGUGUACAGAGAAACUUCUUUUAGAGACUACUUGAAGCAUCAAUACUCAAAGAGCAUCGGAGCUUCCUCACUACCAUUCUUCAAGUUGUGAUUAUGAACAAUUGCAUGUAACACUCCACACCAGAUUGGAUAAACUAAUUUUUUUUUAUAAAUUAAAUUUAACUUAUAUAUCAAUUCAUUUGUAGAAAUUCUCCCAUAUUAAUUUAUCCAAAACUU